GGCAGGCAGACGGGCAAGAAGAUCGGCGCGGCAGGCGACGAGCAGAAGGAGGGGACCGCCUGCUGGGGAUGUGACCUCGCGGCCAGACCGGACUCGCGCUAGCCCACCCGGCGGACCCCGGCAUCCGCAGGGCCUGCCCCUGGACCCCCGGCCCUCGGCCCAUCCUGGCCAUGGCGCUGUGCCUGAAGCAGGUGUUCGCCAAGGACAAGACGUUCAGGCCGCGGAAGCGCUUCGAGCCGGGCACACAGCGCUUUGAGCUGUAUAAGAAGGCGCAGGCGUCGCUCAAGUCGGGUCUGGACCUGCGCAGUGUGGUGAGGCUGCCACCGGGCGAGAACAUCGACGACUGGAUCGCCGUGCAUGUGGUGGACUUCUUCAACCGCAUCAACCUCAUCUACGGUACCAUGGCCGAGCGCUGCAGCGAGACCAGCUGCCCGGUCAUGGCCGGCGGGCCCCGCUACGAGUACCGCUGGCAGGACGAGCGCCAGUACCGGCGGCCGGCCAAGCUCUCGGCGCCUCGCUACAUGGCGUUGCUCAUGGACUGGAUUGAGGGCCUCAUCAACGACGAGGAUGUCUUUCCCACGCGCGUGGGAGUUCCCUUCCCCAAGAACUUCCAGCAGGUCUGCACCAAGAUCCUGACCCGCCUCUUCCGCGUCUUUGUGCAUGUCUACAUCCACCACUUCGACAGCAUUCUCAGCAUGGGGGCCGAGGCGCACGUCAACACCUGUUACAAGCACUUCUAUUACUUCAUCCGUGAGUUCAGCCUGGUGGACCAGCGGGAGCUGGAGCCACUGAGGGAGAUGACAGAGCGGAUCUGUCACUGAGCCCAGACCUGGACCUUGUUGCCCAUCAGAUGGACCAUCUGAACACAGAGUGGCCAGGGAGGGGACCCUCAGAAGUCUGGUAGCAGAGGGACCUGAAGGCCCUGGGGCCCCUCCACACACCCAAAGCCCCUGGACUUCUGGUUCUCAGGAGUCUGCCCACAUGUCCCCCUGACUGUUUUUGAGUGGAGUAGGGAAGAGCUUAAAGGUGGGCAGACAGGUAAAAAGGAGCAGCUAAACCCUUAGCAUGAUGUCUAGUCUGCUCUGACACUUGACCCUUCCACGGUGGUUGCCAAGCCUGUUUGGGGAACAUGGAUGUGGCUGAAGUGACAGCAAGAAAGAUGCAAGAGCAUGAGCAGCCUAUGUGUGAGUGGACACGGAUAACGUGUGUAUAUCGGUGUGUAUGUGUAUGAUUUUGACUGUGGGGUGUGUCUGUGAGAGCUACGUGCCUUAGACUGUUCCUGGCACAUAGUAGGCCCUCCAUAAAUGUUAGGUAAAUUGAUGGAUGGAUGGAAGGGAGGAAGGAAGGAAGUAGGGAUUAGGGCCAUCGGACCAUGACCACUUAGGAAUGGUGACGAGUCAGUCUCCCCAUUUGGUGUGUCUGACUAUGUGUGUAAGUGCACAAACUGUGGUGGUAGAUGUAUCUCCAUGUUUGAAUCUUCCAGGCUACCAUCUUCCAUCAGCAUGAGUUCUGGGGAGCUAUUGAUGCGGGGAGGUAGGAAGGGGGGCCCUGCGCUGACUAAAAUCCUGGCCCACCAUAGGUUCUGAUUUGCUCAGCUAGAGAUGCCCAGGAGCUGUCAUUUCCCUCAUCCCUCUGCCUCCAGGAGGCCUGAUUAUAGAUAGCCUCAUGGGCGUCAGGGGUGAUUCUUCAUAUCCACAAAGAUCCCCAGUCCUUAAAUCAGGAAUCAUACACUCCAAUCUAGCUUCCUGAAUCUCCAGAUGUGGUUGUGAGGAUCUGAAGCCCAGCACAAGAUAAUCCUCCAACCCACAAAGCUAGUGAGCUUGAAUUGGGAAGCUCCGGAGCCUUAUCUCCCGCCUGGGACAUUGAGGACCACAUAGCUGUGAAUGGACUCUUCCAGGCUUGGAGAGCCCCCAUCCUUCAAGUACCUGCCUCCUUCCCAACCAUCCCUGAAACAUUCCAGCUGGUUGGAUCUCAGAGCAUAGCUAUCCACAGAGAAACUGGCAUGUUUAUUCAGCACUUAUUACUCAGCACCGCCAUGCCCAGCCCUGUGCCCAGACCCACAGGUGGGGAAACUGAGGCAGGGACAAGGCCCUCCUCUCCUGGAGACUCCAGGCUCGGGGGCCAGGAUGGAGAGCCAGAAGGAAUCUGAGAAUCAUCCAGUCUCACUCAGAAUCAUCCACGUACAUGGGAGGAAACUGAAGCCAGAGGAGAGGCGGGAGAAGCUGUCCAAGGCCUCCCAGCAAAGCUUUUGUGGAGCUGGAGUGGAAACCAGGGGUUCUGACUCCCACCCCUGGCCUGUGGAUUGCUACACAGGGAGAUGAGAUGUACUCCAAAGGAGGGUUUGACAGCUCUCCAGGAUACGACUGUUCCUACUUUGAGCAAGGAUUUCUAGCCUGAUGCCAGAGUGCCCCACCACCCCUGUGGUCUGCUGGGGUUGUCUGUUGAGCCAAACCUCCAAAAUCAUGCCCCUCUCCAUGGCCCCGCAGCUGCCAGAUCUCUGGGGAAGCAGAUGGGGCUCCUGGGUCCAGCCAGCUGGACCUGGGACAUCUGCCUCCAGAGAAGUUCCCAAGGGAAGCACUGGCCCAGCAGCUUUGCCAGAAGCUCUGGUGUGAGGGAGGCGGUGGGGGGUGGGGUGGUAUGUGUCAAAGAUUCUGCCAAGGAGGACUGUGGAUUGGAAGAUGGAGUCUAGGCUAUGGCCAGUACUGAUUACGCGGCAGGGGGCAGGGGAUGUAUUUUUUUGUGAAACAGAGGGAAAUUUUAUUGUUGUUAUUUUUGGUAAAAUAAAGGAGGCAAACUAAA